GACUUGGACCUGCAACAGUCUCGUAAAAACCUUCCCUCGUCUUUUCCUCGCUCCUUUUUUUUCUCCCCCACAUCACUUGACGGAGGGCAGGAGGUGUGAGAGCUUCCUCCUCCCCACUAGGUACCGGCCGGCCCCUCCACACUGUGGCAACAGGGCUACUGCAGCGGAGCGCAGCGCACCGGAGCGGAGCUGGAGGAGAGCAGAGGAGAGAAGCGAACAGGAGAGGAGAAGAGGAGGACGGACAGUCUGUCUCCUCUCCGACUGCUGGGAUUAUAGGCUACUCUGCAGCAUCCCGUCGCUUCAACAUGCCUUUGGGGAGUAAAAGACUCGCUUGGAUUACUGCACUGAUCGCCUCGCUGCUGCUCGGCUCCUGUGGGACAGGUGGAGAAGAGGUAUGUGACAGCCCACUGGUGGCCAAUCUGCCGCUGUCGUCAUUCAGAAGCUCCUCCCAGCUAACCAGCAGCCAUGGGCCGGUCUUUGCUAAGGUCAACAGGAGAGAAGGAGCCGGAGGUUGGUCUCCCCUCGUCUCAGACAGAUACCAGUGGCUGGAGGUGGAUCUGGGGAGGCGGACCCGGAUCACUGCAGUCGCUACACAGGGACGCUACGGCAGCUCUGAUUGGCUGACGGCUUACCUGUUGAUGUUCAGUGACACAGGACACAACUGGAAACAACAUCGACAGGAAGACAGCUUCGGGGCUUUUCCAGGUAACAGUAAUGCAGACACUGUGGUCCAGUACAAACUCAAACAGCCGGUAAUAGCUCGCUACCUCCGUCUGAUUCCUCUGGAUUGGAACCCCACUGGGAGGAUUGGACUCAGACUGGAGAUAUAUGGAUGUCGAUAUACUUCUGACGUGGCCAACUUUGACGGAAGCAGCAGCCUGGUCUACAGGUGGAGUGUGAGGCAGAGUUGGACAGCGAUGGAGGUCGUCUCUCUAAAGUUUAAGACCCUAAGGAAUUCUGGGACACUGCUACAUGCGGAGGGACAGAGAGAUCACAGCCUCACUUUGGUGUUGGAGAAGGGACGGCUACUGCUCUACCACCAACAAGGUGUGAGUUCAUCUUCCAGCGGGCAGCUUCUUGUUUCAGUGGGUAGCCUGCUGGAUGACCAACAAUGGCACCAUGUAAAGCUGGAAAGGCUCAGCGCUCACCUCAACCUCACUGUGGAUAAAAACACUCAUCAGGUUCAGAUUCCAGCUGAGCUCAGCCACUGGGACAUUCACCAGCUAAGUCUGGGAGCUGUCCAGAGUCACGGACUGCAGAAACCCAUCCUCUCCAACAGGAACUUCCACGGCUGCCUGGAAAACCUGCUGUACAACAACAUCAACCUGAUCCACUUGGCCAAGCAGAGCAACCACCAGGUCACUGUGGUGGGCAAUGUGACCUUUUCUUGUGCUGAGCAAGUUUCAGUCGCUGUGACGUUCACAGACUCACAGAGCUUCCUGCAGUUGCCAGGACUGGCGUCGUGGUCAUCAGGGGUUGUCUCUGUGGCGCUGCAGUUUCGCACGUGGAACAAGGCAGGGCUUCUGUUGACCUUUGACCUCCCGCAGCACGAGGGCACGGUCUGGCUGUACCUGAGUGAGGCCAGACUCCGCCUACAGAUCAAUAAUGCUGGCAGGGCCCAGCUGGAGCUCAGCGCAGGCUCAGCUCUGAAUGAUGGUCAGUGGCAUUCUGUGGAGCUGAACUCCAGACAAGAUCAUCUGAGCAUCACAGUGGACAAAGACGAGGGAGCCACCGCUCACACCAGCAUCCCACUUCCUCUAAACACAGACAGUCAACUCUUCUUCGGUGGUUGCCCUGCUCAGGAGAGCACUCAGGAGUGUAGGAACCCUUUCAAAGUGUUUCAGGGCUGUAUGCGUCUCUUGACUCUGGAUAACCAAACUGUUGACCUGAUCAAGGUGCAACAAAGGCUGCUGGGAAACUACAGCCACUUGCAGAUUGACAUGUGUGGCAUCAUCGACAGGUGCUCCCCCAGUCACUGUGAACAUGGAGGUAGAUGUACUCAGUCAUGGAGCACCUUUCACUGCAACUGCUCCAACAGCGGCUACAGAGGAGCCACCUGCCACAGCUCUAGAUACGAACAGUCAUGUGAGGCGUACAAACACAAGGGCAACACAUCAGGACAUUAUCACAUAGAUGUGGACGGCAGUGGACCGAUUAAACCCCAGCUCAUCUACUGUAACAUGACAGAGGACACGGCAUGGAUGGUGAUCCAGCACAAUAACACAGAACUGACCAGAGUUCAUUUGUCCCCUGAGAGAAACCAACAUUCAACCCACUUUGACUAUGCCUCUGAAGAGGAGCAGUUGGCAGCCAUCAUCAGCCAAUCAGAGCACUGUGAGCAGGAACUGUCCUACCACUGCAGGAUGUCCCGCCUCCUCAACACACCAGAGGGUGCUCCAUUCAGCUGGUGGGUGGGAGGUCCAGCUCCAGGUCAGAUUCAGACACACUGGGGCGGAGCUCUGCCGGGCAGCCGACAGUGUGCCUGUGGUCUGCAGGACAACUGUCUGGAUUCAAGUCACUACUGCAACUGUGACGCUGACUACGACAUAUGGGCUAAUGACUCGGGCCUGCUCACCCAUAAGGAGACUCUCCCAGUCAGGUCUCUGGUGCUGGGUGACAUCCAGCGGCUGGGGUCAGAGGCUGCUUACAGGGUGGGACCCCUCCGUUGUCAUGGAGACAAGAACUUCUGGAAUGCUGCGUUUUUUGACAAGGAGACAUCGUACCUUCACUUUCCCACCUUCCAUGGAGAGCUGAAUGCAGACAUCUCCUUCCUGUUUAAAACGACGUCCUCCUCUGGGGUCUUCUUGGAAAACCUUGGCAUCAAAGACUUCAUCCGGAUUGAACUCAGCUCCUCCUCAGAGGUCAUCUUCUCUUUUGAUGUUGGAAACGGGCCGCUGGAGGUGCGAGUGGAGGCAAGCGUCCCAUUGAACGACAACCGGUGGCACAGCGUGCGAGCUGAGCGAAAUGUGAAGGAAGCAUCGCUACGUGUCGACCAGUUCCCUGCCACCACGCAGGAGGCUCCUGCUGACGGACACAUUCAUCUACAGCUCAACAGCCAGUUAUUCAUAGGAGGAACUGCAUCAAGACAGAAAGGCUUUCUGGGCUGCAUCCGCUCUCUGCAGCUGAACGGAGUCACUCUGGACCUGGAGGAGAGGGCGAAGAUCACCCCAGGGGUACGACCAGGGUGCCCCGGCCACUGCAGCAGCUACGGCUCCCUCUGCCAGAACCAAGGUCGCUGUGUGGAGAGAGCCAAUGGUUUCUCCUGUGACUGCGACCAUUCAGCCUACACUGGAGUCUUCUGUCACGAAGAGGUCUCAGCCAGCUUUAUGUCGUCUACAUCCAUUGUCUACAACCUCAAGGAGCCCUAUGAACUGAGCAGGAACAGCAGCACCUCACCUUCCUCCAUCUACUCUGACGUGACGCUGAGAGGAGAAAACAUCUCCCUGAGCUUCAGGACCAGUCAGAGUCCUGCUCUGCUACUCUACGUCAACUCUUUCUACAGGGAAUACCUGGCCCUGCUCAUCAACAGUCAUGAUGAGCUGGAAUUGAGGUACAAGUUGCACAGCAGCAGAGAUGCAGAGGUGCUGGGGAGCAGAGUCACGAGCUUGGCUGAUGGACGUCUGCACACGGUGAUCGUCAGGAGACUGGCAGACACUGUCUCUGUUCAGAUCGACCAGAAUGCCGGAGAGGACUUCAACUUGACAUCUGAUGUGGAAUUUAACAGCAUCAAAUCACUCAUUCUGGGCAGAGUGCAGGAGUCUGAUGAGUUAGAUGAGGAGCUGGCCGGCUUGGCCUCUCUUGGGUUCACCGGCUGUCUGUCAGGUGUUUGCUUUAACUCCAUCAGUCCUCUGAAAGCUGCUCUGCUGCACCCUGACAGCCCUGUUAUUGUCAGCGGCCCAUUGGUUCAGUCGAGCUGUGCUUCCUCUUCUCCAGCCAAUCCCUACGCUGCAGAAACCACACACUCCUUAUCAGACCAACCUGGUUCAGUGGAUCCAGGUCAGCCUUUGGUGAACGCCAUCAGGAAUGACUCAGCUCUAAUCGGAGGGGUCAUCGCUGUUGUGAUCUUUGUCACCGUGUCUGCAUUGGCGAUAAUGGCCAGAUUCAUCUGCAGCAGGAAAGAGACGUAUCGAAACCAGGAAGUCAAAGAAGCGCAGCCUGAAGACGGCCAUGAGUUUCCCUUCAGCAGCCAGGUGGACUCACAGAGCGCUCCCAGUGAAAACCAAAAGGAGUAUUUCAUUUAGCAGGAGCCCCUAACUGCCCCUUACCUGACAGGACAGAGCGGGAUGAUUCACCAAGAGCUCCGUUCUUUAUUAGACACACAGAGCCUCUGAGCCAGCGGCACCAGUGGAUCAAUACUAUGUGAAGACGGAACAAUUUAUGAUUUUCUUUAUUCCCUUUCUGCUGUCAUUUUGAGGAUGUAAAUAUUUAAAAAUGUAAAUUGUUAUUUGUGUGCUUAUGAAAAUACUUCUCUGCCAUAUUGAAAAUAAUUUAUUAAAAAUGAAACAUGCAGAAUUGAUGUGUACCGACACACAACUUCGUUCCAGUUAAACUAAACUUUUGGACUUGGUUUUAAUUUAUAAGAAGCACUUUUUCUACGAGGACGAUGAACCUUCUGUGAAAUUUAAAAUGUCAGAGCCAUACAGUAUGUGUCAGAAUAUGGAAAGACUGACUGGGAAGACUGGCAUACAUGUUCCACAUCUACACAUAAGAGCUCAGCCAAAGCACAGCCUCAGAGUGAACUAAAAUCCAUCUGUUGUAAGUGAAAAUAAUUUCAACAGCUGCUGUAUAUAUGAAUACAAAGUUAAAUUCACUCUCAAAACUUAUCUUCCACACUUCAUGUUUUCAGUUAGUCAGAAAGCUUUUAUGUUACUCGCUGUGCUUUUUCUUCAUAUCAUGAGAAAAAUAAAAGCUUUACGAUGAGACCGAGAUUUUUUUUUGUACUUUUCCUUCCUGCCUGCACCACCUGCAGGGAGCAGCCGACACCAAAAAUCUCAAAGUAGCUUUCAACAGAGAAGCUUUAAGCAGCACAGACUAUAAAACACUGACUGUCUGUCACUUCCUUCGCUCUGCAGACAUUUAAUGUGUUUUUGCUGAAGCACUAAUCUGUGUUUGCCUGACAGGUAGACUAAGAGAUCAUCAGAAGGGGAAAUGGAAAGAAUUGAAGAGAAGCUGACAAUGAGAUAUAAAUGAUGCAAUGAAAAGCAACCAUCUAAAUAUCAAUAUUAGGAUAUUUAUACGUUCCUGUCUCUGUGAUACUUUGAAUCAUGGGUGGGAUUUUUGUUUCGGGAAAAACAUUGGAAAUGUUGUUUUCCUCCCCGUCUCAGCAGGGUUUCAUGCUCAAUGAUUUUACCUCAUUACUGCUCAGUUGAGGUAUUUGUUCUUCGUCUCUCUCGCAGUUCUGUCUUCAAGAUGUUUUUAUGGUUUUUCAUAUAAACAAAUGUCUCUUUUGAUACUCUUCUGCACAGAGUAAUCCCUCACAAUAAGGAUACAUGGCCUGUGAAAGCCUUUACACUUGUUCUUCUAAACACCUGCUGUGUAGAAGCUCUUUCUUUGAAAAUGCUUGUGGUGCAAAGAAAGCGAUGCAUUUUAGAUUUCCUGAGUAGUUAGCGGGAGUCGUGAUUGUUAACGUGCAUGAUCAAUAAAAGGAGCACUGCAAAGUUAAACUGAGAAAUCCCGAGUGAAAAGACGCCGCAGCCCUGGAGACUAUUUGACUGUCAAGGAAUGUAGAGUUAAAUCGCUUGAGUAAUGACUGCUCGGGACUGAAGAUGUCAGCAGGAAUCAAAAAUUAGGGAUUUAUAUAAAACCACUUUCAUGAAGGAAGAUAGAGUCAUGAUAUGAUAUGUGCAUGACCUGCAGGGACAAGACAUUACUCUCUAUAGAAGU